GGUGACAGGCGCCGGGGUGAGGCCGCCGCCGCUGUGGGGGCAGUCGGGGCCGCGUCUGUGGGAGGCUCCGGGGUGAUGGCGGUGGAGACGCUGUCCCCAGACUGGGAGUUUGAUCGCGUGGACGACGGCUCGCAGAAAAUUCAUGCUGAAGUCCAGCUUAAAAAUUAUGGGAAAUUUCUUGAGGAGUAUACGUCUCAACUGAGAAGAAUUGAGGACGCGCUUGACGAUUCCAUUGGCGACGUCUGGGAUUUCAAUCUUGAUCCCAUAGCAUUAAAGCUGUUGCCCUAUGAACAGUCUUCCCUUUUGGAGCUCAUAAAGACUGAAAACAAGGUCUUAAACAAAGUCAUCACUGUUUAUGCAGCGCUUUGUUGUGAAAUCAAGAAAUUAAAAUAUGAGGCUGAAACUAAAUUUUACAAUGGUCUCUUGUUUUAUGGAGAAGGAGCUACAGAGUCCAGCAUGGUGGAAGGCGACUGCCAGAUUCAGAUGGGCAGAUUUAUUGCAUUCCUGCAGGAACUGUCCUGUUUUGUUACCAGGUGCUAUGAAGUGGUGAUGAAUGUGGUCCACCAGUUGGCUGCCCUUUAUAUCAGUAACAAGAUUGCACCCAAAAUCAUAGAAACAACUGGAGUUCAUUUUCAGACUAUGUAUGAGCACCUGGGAGAACUAUUAACGGUUUUGCUCACCCUGGAUGAAAUCAUUGAUAAUCAUGUCACUCUGAAAGACCACUGGACCAUGUACAAAAGGUUACUGAAAUCUGUCCAUCACAACCCUUCAAAAUUUGGAAUUCAGGAAGAAAAACUGAAGCCAUUUGAGAAGUUCUUGCUGAAGCUAGAAGGGCAGUUGCUUGAUGGAGUGAUAUUCCAGGCUUGUAUAGAACAACAAUUUGAUUCUCUCAAUGGGGGAAUAUCUGUGUCAAAAAAUAGCACUUUCGCUGAAGAAUUUGCACAUAGUUUACGCUCAAUUUUUGCAAACGUGGAAGCCAAACUUGGAGAACCUUCUGAAAUAGAUCAGAGAGAGAAGUACGUUGGAAUUUGUGGGCUCUUUGUACUGCACUUUCAAAUUUUUCGAACUAUUGAUAAAAAGUUUUACAAGUCUUUAUUGGACAUUUGUAAGAAGGUGCCAGCCAUCACUCUCACUGCUAAUAUUAUUUGGUUUCCUGAUAAUUUUCUGAUCCAGAAAAUUCCAGCAGCUGCCAAACUCCUAGACAGAAAAAGCCUUCAAGCCAUUAAAAUGCAUAGGGAUACUUUCCUACAGCAGAAAGCUCAGUCACUUACCAAAGAUGUACAGUCUUACUACGUCUUUGUGAGCUCAUGGAUGAUGAAAAUGGAGUCUAUUUUAUCUAAAGAACAGAGAAUGGAUACAUUUGCUGAAGACCUCACCAAUAGAUGUAAUGUCUUUAUACAGGGCUUUUUGUAUGCAUAUAGUAUUAGUACCAUUAUUAAAACCACAAUGAAUCUGUAUAUGUCCUUGCAAAAACCAAUGACCAAAACCUCAGUUAAGGCAUUGUGCAGGCUUGUUGAACUUCUCAAGGCCAUUCAGCACAUGUUCUACAGGAGGAGCAUGGUUGUGGCUGACUCUGUCUCACAUAUCACGCAGCACCUUCAGCAUCAGGCUCUCAGUUCUAUUUCUGUGGCCAAGAAAAGGGUAAUUUCUGACAAAAAAUAUAGUGAACAGCGUCUUGAUGUGCUCUCUGCUCUAGUUUUGGCUGAAAACACUCUGAAUGGACCCAGUACAAAGCAACGCCGACUCAUUGUCUCCUUGGCUCUAAGUGUUGGCACACAAAUGAAAACAUUUAAAGAUGAAGAGCUCUUACCACUGCAGGUGGUUAUGAAGAAGCUGGAUAUUAUCAGUGAGCUCAGAGAACGAGUCCAAGCUCAGUGCGACUGUUGUUUUUUAUACUGGCAUCGAGCUGUCUUCCCAAUUUAUUUAGAUGAUGUAUAUGAAAAUGCUGUGGAUGCAGCCAGGUUACAUUACAUGUUCAGUGCUUUACGAGACUGUGUACCUGCUAUGAUGCAUGCAAGACACUUAGAGUCGUAUGAGGUACUUCUGGAUUGCUACGACAAGGAGAUUAUGGAGAUUUUAAAUGAGCAUUUGCUGGACAAGCUGUGCAAAGAAAUUGAGAAGGAUCUGCGCCUUUCUGUGCACACUCACCUGAAGCUGGAUGACCGGAACCCUUUCAAAGUCGGCAUGAAAGACCUGGCCCUCUUCUUCUCUCUAAAUCCCAUUCGAUUUUUCAAUCGUUUCAUUGACAUUCGAGCCUAUGUAACCCACUACCUAGACAAGACUUUCUACAAUCUAACGACAGUAGCUCUUCAUGACUGGGCCACGUACAGUGAGAUGAGGAACUUGGCUACUCAGCGCUAUGGGUUGGUUAUGACAGAGGCGCAUCUUCCUAGUCAGACCUUGGAACAGGGCCUAGACGUUUUGGAAAUUAUGCGAAACAUUCACAUAUUUGUAUCUCGAUACCUCUACAAUCUGAACAAUCAGAUUUUUAUUGAACGAACAAGCAAUAAUAAACAUUUGAAUACGAUUAACAUUCGCCAUAUUGCUAAUUCAAUUCGAACACAUGGCACAGGAAUCAUGAAUACAACAGUUAAUUUCACCUACCAGUUUUUGAAAAAGAAGUUUUAUAUAUUUAGCCAAUUUAUGUAUGAUGAACAUAUCAAAUCCAGAUUGAUUAAAGAUAUUCGGUUUUUUAGGGAAAUUAAGGAUCAAAAUGAUCACAAGUAUCCUUUUGACAGAGCAGAAAAGUUCAACCGAGGCAUCAGGAAACUUGGCAUAACACCAGAGGGGCAGAGUUACCUUGAUCAGUUCCGACAGCUCAUCAGCCAAAUUGGUAAUGCAAUGGGCUAUGUGCGAAUGAUAAGAUCCGGUGGCCUUCAUUGUAGCAGCAAUGCCAUUAGAUUUGUUCCUGAUCUGGAAGAUAUUGUAAAUUUUGAAGAACUAGUAAAAGAAGAAGGCCUUGCGGAUGAAACACUGAAAGCAGCAAGACAUUUGGAUUUAGUCCUAAGUGAUCACACACGAAAUUCUGCUGAAGGUACAGAAUAUUUCAAAAUGCUUGUAGAUGUUUUCGCUCCAGAAUUUCGAAGACCAAAGAACAUACAUCUCCGAAACUUCUAUAUCAUCGUUCCACCUCUGACUCUCAACUUUGUAGAGCAUUCCAUUAGUUGCAAGGAGAAAUUGAAUAAAAAAAAUAAAAUUGGAGCUGCCUUUACUGAUGAUGGCUUUGCCAUGGGUGUGGCUUACAUUCUAAAGCUUUUGGAUCAGUAUCAGGAGUUCGACUCACUUCACUGGUUCCAGUCUGUCCGGGAGAAAUACCUAAAGGAGAUAAGAGCAGUUGCUAAGCAACAGAACGUGCAGUCGGCUAGUCAAGAUGAAAAGCUGCUGCAAACCAUGAACCUCACCCAGAAGCGACUGGACGUCUACCUACAGGAAUUUGAGUUGCUUUAUUUCUCACUGAGCAGCGCCAGGAUUUUCUUCAGAGCAGACAAGACUGCAGCUGAAGAAAACCAGGAGAAGAAAGAAAAGGAAGAAGAAACUAAAGCAAGCAAUGGAGAGCUGCCUGACAGCACCGUGUCCGGCGAGGUGGUGAAAUGAGGCCGAUGCCGUGCAGUGCCCACAGGAAAUCAUCAGAACCGCAUUUGCACUUCUGCCAGUCGGACAGGGUUUAUAAGCUAUUGAAUUCAUUCCUGGGUCACAUCGCUGGAAAAUAUUUAAGUAUUGUUAACUCUUUAAAACAGAGCUCGAAAGUGAAGUCUGUUCUGUUUCACAUGGCGCCAUUUCCAAAGGUUGAGAAUGGGAUUUUAGAGUUAAAUUUUUGCCUCAGGUUGAGGCUAGAAGAUGUUUCCUGGGACAGUUAUUCGACACGAAGUCAUCAAAGGACAAAUCCUGAUUUCUAAACUGAGACCUCGGGUCUCACAAUGUACAUGCUACAUGUUUGUAACUUGUGUUUGCCUGAGUCUGUGAUCCAUAUUGGUCUCCGAUCAUUGGGAAUUCAGUACAUAUACUAUAUACAGACAGUAAAUACAUAUUCCAGAAAGGAACUGAGCUUGCAAUUCAUGUGGCGCAUGUAUCAGUAGCCCUAAAGGGACAUUACAAAACUGAUGUUGGUACUAGAAGUGACACACAGAUGUUCCCUACCCUUUGUGUACAGUUUAACUGUUGGUCAUCUGUGCAUUGUUAACUUGAUUUGACUUGCAAGAGCUGUUGGUGACUUCUGUGAGAUGUGUUUAUAACUGGUUUACAAAGCUUGGGGAACAUCUGCCCUCCAACAGCUGCUUUCAGUUUAAGAUUUUGUUCAUAUUCAAAAUUCAGAUAAAGCCAUAGAGAUUGCUUGAAGCUUUGCUUCUGGUUGGAGGAAGGUGCUCCGUGUGACAGGACAAGAUGGAGCCAAGUGCUUCUACAUGCACGCUCGGGCUGCUUCUGUGUUCAGCUGAAUUAGAGCCGUGGUGAGGGCUUGGCAGAUGUUUUUGUAUCAAGUUUAAUCUCAGACAUUAGACUAAAUAAUAAUUGUACUGUGCAGGCUCUUCUUCUCAGUAAAACUUAGCACAGUGAGAAUAAAACUCUAAUAAAAUAUAUCACUUGCUAAUUCACAAAAUACAGAGAUUUAGAAUAAUUCAGUUCCCAGCAAGCUACUAGCUUUAUUUUUGUCAAGGUAUGUUAGUUAAUAAUUAAUGGUUCAUUUUGACGUUUUUUUUUUUUUUACAGUUUAAUAAAUGAUAUCUUCACAGUGAAAAGUUGAAAAGUUCAAUAUGAGCAUCAUUUUGGAAAGUGUUUUUUUUUUUUUUUUAACUACACUUGAUCUUAGCCAAAAGGCCGAGAAGCGAUGGGAAGUGGGUUUUUGUUUUUGUUUGUUUUUUCCUAUUGCAUUUGCCUGCAAACAUUGCUUUGGGUAAAUCCUGUAAGAAGUUCUAACUUUGUUGGAAUUCUUAUGUUAUUCUUUGACUUCAGCGUUGCCAGUGGGUACGCAGUGCCUUGUAUGUACUUCCUGUUUGGGUUAAUGUCUUUCAGCCUGAAACCAAUCCUACUUUCAUGUGAGAGAUUUUUUUUUUAUUGUGUCAACUUUGGUUACAGUUACUGGAAGUGAAUGAAUUAAAUGCAUUUAGUGUUCUUUACUAAUUAUAGAAAUGGCCCUAUAGCAUGCUGCAUAAUUAAUUUAUAUUUUAAUUGCAAUUGUUUAUAUUAAUAAUCUUACAUUUGGAUAUAUCAAAAUAGUCAUCUUUUCAUAGCAACAGGAUUGCUUUUUCAGUUUUUUGUUCCCUGAGUCGGGUUGCAAGUUGUGAUUUAGCAGAGAAUCACAUGUUCCCUGCUCAUUGUCCCCACACAUGGAAAUUGUUUUAUUAAUACUAGUGUUCACAUGCUAACUCCCUGGUGUCUACAACUCAGAGAAAAGUGACAGAUUAUGUAACCUUUAGUAAAACUUAAGUGUCACUGUAGACUGUAUUAACUAUAGCUUCCUGUAUUUGAAGUAAAAUUUCUGAGACUAUGAAGUUAUUGAAGUUGUGUUAGUCUUCUCACAGGCCUCAGUGUGUCCGCGCUGCAGUGAAUGUACCAGUCAGGGGGACGGCCUGCCUUCCCAACAUACUCAUGUUAACGCUUUUUUCAGACAUUUUAAUUUAAAAAUUAUGUGAACAUUUGUUAUAAUCUCACAGAAAACAGGAUGUUCAAAUUCUCAGGAAUCAGGAAUGAACUGUAACAUUGUAAAGGAUGACAGAUGUGUUGCCUCACCUGAGUGUGGCUUCCUCCCAUCACUUCGGAGGCUACAAUGUUUAAUAAAACCUAAUAAACACAAAUUCCUUCCCUUGUAUGGUUUAUGUUCAAAAUUGUGUUAAGGCUAGAGGUAUCACCAGUAUCCUUUUUGUCCUCUUUACUCAAAUCUGUGGAGUCUCUUUCAAAAUGUUUGCAUGCACAUGGGUCAGAACUUGGAGGUGU